UUGUUUCUGCUUAUGUGGUUUGCAGGUGGUGCUUUUGCAGGAGGUGAGAAACCUGGCACUGCGCAGAGGCUUGCGCGCAGCCUGCCUCCUCUUGCGUUGGCCGCAGAUGCCAGCAGCGAUGAGUCGGGCUGGAGAGAGCGGGACAACACACUGGGGCUGAGCAUGGCUUUUGUCCUGUCCUGCGCUGUGCUUGUGCUCCUGCUGCCGCUGGCUUUUCCCCAAGAGGCUCUCAGAUGUCGUGAGAGCAAAGUAAUUCUUGUAACCAAGGGGGAGCCCAUCUCGAUCGUGUGUCCUUUCCAUGAACGCUGCAGCACUGACAAUACCUUCUAUGAGAUCAUCUGGAGCUAUGAGAAAGACUUGAGAAGGAUCCUGCAGUUUAGGACGACACCUCCUAAUAAAACCUCUGUUAUGUUACGCAAGGAAGGUCACUUUGGAGGUCAGCAACUCAGCUCAGCUUCCGAGGGCCUCCACUGCUCUGCACCUCCAGGCAGCGAAGUCACCUUGGAGUGCGAUUUCUCCGCCAAUGUGACUGGCAACUUCACAGAGCUCUUCUGGCUGCAUGAGCGAGAGGAGAGCCCACCCCGACUCAUCGCGUGGCACCACAAAUCCAGUUGCCCGGACAGGAACAGCACUGAGAGUCGCUUUCGGAGCUCGUUAGAUCUGGAAAAUCACCAGAGCCGUCUCACCAUUUCCAGGCUGCAUACGAGUGACAGCAGCUGGUACCAGUGUGAGAGCCUGGGGGAGUUUUCUGGCAAGCAGAGAGGGAGGGGAACCAACCUCACUGUCAAGGGCUCCCUGACGUGCUGCUCGUGGCUUUGGGGAGUGCUGGGUUUGCUCUGGCUGCCUCCUGCCUGUACUUUCUGUGCAUUGCACUUGUGUGAGGAGCCCAUACACCUCGCUGGAAAGACCUGGUCCCCUCGCUGGGCCUGCUGAGGAGGGUGCGAGGGAGCCUGU